CAUAGCUUGCUAAAGCCUGAAAUGCAAUAGGUUAUUUAAUGAUCAUGUCAUGGUGGUGUAUUUUGCCCUUCAGUAGAUAAAGUGUUUUUUUCCUCAGAGUUUUUCUGUAGCAGUAUAUAUUUUCACUAACACCUUUUUGGAGCUUUUGUUAAAACCAUAAUUCUUGAAAUGGACCCAUGACUCUAAAACAACAGGAAGCACAGAAAAAUGUUGCUAAUACAUGGAGUGGAGAUUCUGAGAGAUAUUCAUGAUAUUAAAGUGAAGAAGCAAUGGUGAUAGACAUUACAAUUUGUUGCGCCAGACCAUGCCAAAAGGAAGGAGACAGGCAGUCCGAGGACCAGCAUACAUGUUUAAUGCCCGUGCCAGCAGUCUCUCAGCAGAGGAAGAGAGGUUCCUGGAUGCGGCGGAGUACGGUAAUAUCCCUGUGGUCCGGAAGAUGCUGGAAGAGUUACCUGGACUUAAUGUUAACUGCGUGGACUAUAUGGGUCAAAAUGCCCUGCAGUUAGCUGUUGCCAAUGAGCACCUUGAAGUCACGGAGCUACUGCUUAAAAAGGAUAAUCUGGCUCGGAUUGGGGAUGCCCUCCUAUUGGCAAUUAGCAAGGGCUAUGUGAGGAUUGUGGAAGCCAUCCUGAGCCAUAAAGCGUUUUUCAAUGCUAAAAGGCUGACCACCAGCCCCAGCCAAUCGGAGAUACAGCACGAUGACUUUUUCGCCUAUGACGAGGACGGCACGCGGUUUUCUCAUGAUGUCACCCCGAUUAUCUUGGCUUCACAUUGUUACGAGUACGAAAUUGUGCACAUACUGUUGGCAAAGGGAGCCCGCAUUGAAAGGCCACAUGACUAUUUCUGCAAAUGUACCACAUGCAGCGACAACCAGAAACAUGACUCCUUCAGCCAUUCAAGGUCCCGGAUCAAUGCCUACAAAGGGCUGGCCAGCCCCGCUUAUCUGUCCCUGUCCAGUGAAGACCCUGUGCUCUGUGCUUUGGAGCUGAGCAAUGAGCUGGCUGUACUGGCAAACAUUGAAAAGGAGUUUAAGAAUGAUUAUAAAAAAUUAUCUAUGCAAUGCAAAGAUUAUGUGGUGGGACUUCUGGACCUAUGUCGAAAUACAGAGGAGGUUGAAGCCAUUUUGAACGGGGAUGUUGACUUGAACCCAUCCAGUGAGCAACAUGGCCGCCCCAACCUCAUACGGCUAAAACUUGCCAUUAAAUAUGAGCUUAAAAAGUUUGUCGCCCAUCCCAACUGUCAGCAGCAGCUCCUCUCCAUCUGGUAUGAGAACCUCUCAGGGCUGCGUCAGCAGAAGACGGCUGUGAAAUUCCUCGUGGUUCUCGGUGUGGCCAUUGGGCUGCCUUUCCUGGCUAUGAUUUACUGGAUAAGCCCCUGUAGCAAGCUGGGGAAAAUCAUGCGUGGUCCCUUUAUGAAAUUUGUGGCACAUGCUGCUUCUUUUACCAUUUUCCUUGGCCUUCUUGUCCUGAAUGCUUCAGACCGGUUUGAGGGGGCUGCACCACCAUCAAACAAGAGCAAUACUGACAAUCAGCUCUACAGAAUGCAAACAACCAUUUUCACCUGGAUGGAGAUGCUCAUCAUUUCCUGGGUCAUCGGGAUGAUAUGGGCAGAAUGCAAGGAGAUCUGGUCACAGGGCCCACGUGAAUACCUGCUAGAGCCCUGGAACUUACUGGACUUUGGAAUGCUGGCCAUCUUUGUGGCAUCAUUCAUCGCAAGGUUCAUGGCCUAUUGGCAUGCAUAUAGGGCGCAGUGUUAUAUCAACAUGAACAAUGUCAAGAAUCUGACAAAUGCAUCUCUGCCCUAUGAGAUAAAAUACUACACAUUUUAUCGUAAAUAUUGGCUUCCCUCUGACCCACAGCUCAUUUCUGAAGGCCUCUAUGCCAUUGCAGUGGUCUUAAGCUUCUCCAGAAUUGCAUAUAUCCUGCCUGCCAAUGAGAGUUUCGGCCCCUUACAGAUCUCUCUGGGAAGGACGGUGAAAGAUAUCUUUAAAUUCAUGGUGAUUUUUAUCCUGGUUUUUUUGGCCUUCAUGAUUGGAAUGUUUAAUCUCUACUCACACUACUUUACAGAAAAACAGAAUAAAGCCUUUACCACAAUUGAAGAAAGCUUUAAAACAUUAUUUUGGGCCAUAUUUGGACUAUCUGAAGUGAAAACGGUUGUUAUUGGUAAUGAUCACAAGUUCAUAGAAAACAUUGGCUAUGUCCUGUAUGGAGUAUACAAUGUGACCAUGGUCAUUGUGCUGCUGAACAUGCUGAUAGCCAUGAUCAACAACUCCUUUCAGGAAAUUGAGGAUGAUGCUGAUGUGGAGUGGAAAUUCGCCAGAGCUAAGCUGUGGUUCUCCUAUUUUGAGGAGGGGAGGACUCUGCCUGUGCCCUUUAACCUGAUUCCCAGCCCCAAGUCCGUGGUCUGCCUUGUUUUGAAGAUAAAGCAAUUCUUAAAGGUUUUGUUGCGCAUUCAGAAAACUGAUACAAACGGAGAUGCUGAGUUGAACGAGCUGGGCUCAGACAUGCAUUCAACUGUUAGAAGUUCUAACUCUCCAACACGGUACCAGAAGAUAAUGAAACGUCUCAUCAAGCGAUAUGUGUUCAAAGCACAAAUUGAUAAAGAAAGCGAUGAAGUUAAUGAAGGUGAGCUGAAAGAAAUCAAGCAGGACAUUUCCAGUUUGCGUUAUGAACUACUUGAAGAAAAAUCCCACAACACGGAGGACCUGGCUGAGCUGAUUAGAAAACUCGGAGAGAAGUUAUCAAUUCAGACAGCACACCAGUAAAUAGGAGGAUAUAUUUAAUAUAUUUUCAGAGCAAUUUCAAACCAACACACUUUUAUUGCUGUUGCCUUGAAAUAUCAAAUAACUAAAAUCACACUCUGUGGCUGAUGAGGUACAUGGAAGAAAAUAAACUUAUCUUACGUUUCUCAUGUUUAAAUAUUUAGUCUGGCAAAUUAUAUUUUUUCAUUCAAGUUCUCAGAUUUUUCCAAAUGCCCCAAGUUAGUGGCACCAUUUCUCUCGCUGGCCUUUUUGUAGUUUUACUUGGUAGUGCCAAAAUGGCAGAACUAAAACCACAAAAUCAGUCUUGUGGACUGGCUGCAUAAUAAGGUUUUAAUGAUGCCGGUGUCCUCUUAAAGCAGGGCAAAAGCAAAUAGUGAAGGCACUGUGAAAUAUUUUGUAUUUUGUAUGUUUGUUAACUUAUGUUGCUGAAGCCAUAUCCUUCAUAUAAUGAUGCUACCUAACUGAACAGGUUCUUUUAUCUCUCUAAUGUAAAUCUGCAAUAAAAAAUAAAAUAAAAUAUUUAAAUAAACGGGCAAGGAAUAUGAGAGGUUAGUGAAGGUAUGUUAUAAUUACAAUUUGUUAGUCACUAGACCUUCAGUGAAUUAGCUUAUCACACAAAGUUUUUCAGGAUGAUUUUUGUAUAAAUUCAGUGCUGAACUGUUACAAGCAAUUCAGUGUCACAUUUUUUUCAUUACAUGUUGCAUUAUGGAUAAUCAAGCACUGUACUGUAUUUCAAGAACCUUGUUCUGAAAGGUUUCAAUCUGGAGAAGCACUUCUUUGGAUUCACAGCUAAUUGCAGGUCAUGCAUUAAGCAUACUGUAUUUGCAAACAAUAUAUGUAUAGAGAGCACAUGGAGGCCUACCAAAUAUUGCUUUUUUUUCAUUUUAAAAUGGCUUUCAAGUUAUCUAUGAAAGAAAACUGUCCUGCAUUUUUGACAGGGUUGUCACUCCUUUAAUAGUUUAGAGUUAUACAGAUGGCAUGUCACGGUGUACAGCUUUAUACUUCAGUUAUGCAAAACAUCAUUUUAUGUAUAAUUUUUGUCUCUUUUUUCACCUCCCUUCUACCCUACAAAGACAUCACCACUGCCGUGUUUAUAAUGGAUGAAGUUUAUGUAAACACAAUUGUUUUUAUUAAUAAAGCCAUUAUUUUGAAAUAUA